ACAUCACAAAUAUUAAAGUGCAUCUAUGACAUCAUAAUCACAUUUUUGCAAAUUGCAAAAAAAAAGAAAAAUCAGUUAACAAAAUGCUAGCAUAAGAAGUGGGAGUUAAAAAGUUUAGGUCAGUAAAAUUAAUAUUUGGAGGGAUAGGUAAUAGAUGUGAUAAGUAGGCUGCAAUGUUAGAGAGCUCUAUAGAUGGGAAAUAUCGUCAAUACUAUUCAACUUUGCAAAACAACUAAAUCAUUGUCACCAGUGUUUAACUACUACAAAACAAGACAAGCAGGUGUUUCGAAAUCUGUAAAUAUGAGACGAGCAGUACAAGCUUGGGAAUCAAGAGGUUCUGGAAGAACAAGAUCAAAUUCGCAAAAGCGCAUGAUGGCUAAACGGUUCAAUGCAAGAUGGCCAGGACAACGAUGUUCAUACAACGUUAAAUCAACAGGAAGGACUACUAGGGCAACAUACGAAAGUAGAUCCAGGUUGGCAAAAAAGUCCAGAAAAAAUAUCUGCAAUGGUCGAAUGAGGACACCAAGUCAACAAGCAAUCAUAGAUAGAAGAAAACUUCAUGAUAAGAAAGAUACUUUAUUGAAGAAGUUUAAAAUUAAAGCAAGAGAUUCACCAAGUACAAGAUGCAAACAAUGGGUCCGAAAUAUUCCACCUUCAAGUACAUGGGUGAGGGAACACACCUUAUCCGGUCAUGACAUGGUCAAUAUGACUUCGAAAAAACAAGCUGCUGUGCCUUCACAAAGAAACAAAAAGAAAAAAAGCAGGCACCGUUUGACGGAAAAAUCAUCUCAACGAUCGCUUCUUAUGAAGCGGAUAAUGCAGAAAAAAAUGAACAUGCUAAAAAACCAUGUCCAGAAAAAUCAAAGAAAACAUAAGAGACAAAGGAAAUGCAUUCUGCAGAAAGUCAAUCCUGCAGCAAGCGCUGGAAAAUUCGACGUGGAAAAACUAAAUCGAAGGACAUUGUCGAACAGUUGCUCGGAAGAUUCGUAUGAAAUGAGAAGAAAAGCAGCGCAAGUAGUACGAAAGGUAUGGUCACAACCAGUCAGACAUCACAAAGCUCAAAAAUGCAGCAAAACGAAAAAUCGAGAUUCUGAAACUAACAACAAAGGCAAACUAAUGCCUAAACGAAGCCAAAAAUAUAAAAUGUGGAUGGUGGAUGAAGCACAUAAAGCUCACGAACAAAGCUUAACUAAUCUUGGUUAUAAGUCAUUACAACUACGAGCUGACAAUAUAGUCCAGACACGAUCCGAGGAAAAACUUCGACAAAAGCAGACAAGGAAAAAAAAUCGUGUUAGUCGUCGGAAAAGCUCAUUCCGCAAACUAGAGAAAAGAAACAAGAAAACUGACAGAAAAUUGAAGAAAAUACGUCACUGGAUGAAAGAAAAAACCAAAAACAGGCCGAAGUGCAAUCUUUCGAAAAAGAUUUAUGUAAGAAAACAUAGACCGGGGCUUUUCAUCAGUAGAGAAAAAAAGAAGCCAUCUUUAGCAUGGGCAAUUUUACAAUCCAUAAAACUACUAGAGGAAAAGGGUAUACCAUAUCCACUUGCGAUACUGAAGACCGUAAAAGAGAAAUGGGGACAAAAAGAACUGACAUUAGUAGAAUUGAAUGAUGCUUUGAAAUGGAUGGCAAAGAAAGGAAUCUUGAAAAGCAAUCCAACAAAAGAUAGAGAAAACACAAGAUAUUCAGUUGCUGAUAAACAAAAAAGUGGGAAGGAAAAGAAGAAAGUAUCAUUCAAAAAAGACGACAGUAGCACAGAUCUAGAUCGAGAUGACAGAAUUGCAGUAAAAGAAGGAGUUCCUAGAAUUAGAUUCCAACAAGGAAAUAAAGAAUUCACUUCUGUAAAAUGUAGGAAAUAUGGUAGCGAACAUAUGAAUACAAAAUAAAGUGAAGAAAUAAAUAUGACAUAUAAAAUCCAAA